AGGAGGUGCUGGUUUGCCACGUCGGUCUCUGUGCAGCGCACUUACACUGUUGCUCCUCCAGCCCUGUACCAACUUUCAGACCCGUUUUAUGUUUACAGGCGAGGAAAAAGCGACCCUCCAACGUCGCCAUUACCGUCCUAAGUCGUUAGCUCGCCCGCAUAGCGUUGGACACCGAAGCUAGAAGGUGGAGAAAUGCCCGUCGCUGCAUGGAUUCGCCGCACAACUGACUGAUGCAUCCUCGCUCGGAUCAGUUCAGCCCCCCCGCAUGUUGUCGAUGUUGUUGCCCUUGCAGUACAUGGUGGGUUUUUGAGAGGAUCGGUAACUGGCGACCAUGCCAGGAGGCCGCAGGGGUCCAAGCAGACAGCAGCUAACUCGCUCCUCUCUGCCGUCCCUGCAGACUCUGGUCGGAGGCAACGUCAGCAAUGGCACGGGCCUCAGGAACAGAAGCAGUAACUCUGUGGGCCUAUCUGCUCCGCCUAUUUCUACUCUCAUCACUCCGGAGCCAGUCCGUCACUCCAGGAUCCCCGAGCUGCCACUGGAUAGCAGCUUCCUGUUUGAGUUCCUACUCUUUCUUUACCUGUUGGUUGCUUUGUUUGUCCAGUACAUCAACAUCUACAGGACAGUGUGGUGGUACCCCUACAGUCACCCUGCUGCCUCUACAUCACUUAACUUUCAUCUAAUGGACUACCACCUGGCUACCUUUAUCGCUGUUAUGUUGGCCAGGAGACUUGUUUGGACGAUUGUAUCCGAGGUAUCCCAGAGUGGUGGAGGAUCCCUGCUGCGCUACAUCGUACUGAUUGCAGCUCGGCUCAUCCUCCUGACCAUGUGUGGCUGGGUGCUCUGCUGGACGCUGGUCAACCUGUGCAGGAACCACUCUGUCCUUAACCUCCUCUUCCUGGGUUAUCCAUUUGGCGUGUACGUCCCUCUCUGCUGUUUCCAUCAGGAGGGAGGGAAGAGCCAAGCAUCAGCGUCCGACUGCGAGUACCCCGCCGACCACCAGCAGACCGACCUCGCAGAAUCCCCGUUGUUCCGACCCCGCGACUUUCUCUUCCUUUUACGAGAAAACAUCAGAGAACAGUUCUCCAGCCCCCCACAUAUGCCCACGCACACCUGCCCACAGCACAUACACUCAGACACACCUGAGCUAAUUCGAGCAGAGGUGGAGGAGUUGAAAAGCGAUUUUAACCGACGAAUUAAAGAAGUGCUGUUCAACUCACUAUUCAGUGCUUACUAUGUAGCCUUCCUGCCUCUCUGCUUUGUUAAGAGUACACAGUACUACGACAUGCGCUGGUCUUGUGAGCAUCUGAUAAUGGUAUGGAUCAAUGCCUUUGUGAUGCUGAUGAGCCAGCUGCUGCCUCCCAGCUACUGCGACCUGCUUCACCGCUCGGCGGCUCACCUGGGCCGCUGGCAGAAACUGGAGCACGGUUCAUACAGUAACACACCUCAGCAUGUGUGGUCGGAAAGCACUGUUUGGCCUCAGGGGGUGUUGGUACGUCACAGCCGAUGUCUAUAUAAGGCUGUUGGUUCCUAUAAUGUUGCUCUCCCCUCUGAUGUCUCACAUGCAAGGUUUUAUUUCCUGUUUCAUAAGCCAUUGCGGAUCUUAAACCUGCUGAUCGGGAUCGAGUCCAGCGUGGUUUUAUACCAGCUCUACUCUCUGCUGCGCUCGGAGCGCUGGAACCACACGUUGUCUCUGGGCCUUAUUCUCCUCUGCAACUACUAUGUGCUUUUUAAACUUCUCCGAGAUCGCAUUGUGUUGGGCAAAGCCUAUUCCUACCCGCUCUCCUCCAACAGUUCGGGGCUCAAGUCACAGUAAAGGACAACAAGACCUGGCCUUCAAACUUUGGAUGUGGAGCCAGGGGUCGGAGGGGUACAGACUGUGAACUCACCUCUGUGUUUUUGAUACGGUUCUAUUUUUAAUGCAAUGUUUGUAUAUGCCUAUUUAAAAGAAUAUUUUUAUUUUGUAUACUAUUACAUGUUACACCGGGCAUUACAGCUCCGAUGACGUUAGCAUGUUGUUACGUUGUUGCCAGACAACGGGGAGGUCAGGGAAUGCCUGGGGGUGACUUUCACCAAAGAUCCUUUAAGUGCAAGUGGCCAAUCAGAUUGGACAUGGCCCCAAGAUGUCAGUCAAUAAAUUGAGGAAUUUAAGAAGAACAAAAGGAUUUGUGCCUGAGAUCCAGAUUGUUUUUGGUUUUUUCUUGCUUCAUCGCAGAAUCCCUUCUCUACAGGUCAUUGAUUUUGGAGGCAACAUAAUUUAGCAUCCAUGCAGAAAAUGCAUGUCAACCCUUAGAUCCUGCUCUUAGAGGAGUUUGUCAUUUUGCUCAGAUCCUCUUAUUGGCAUUUAGAUGGUACAGGCUGAUACUUCUUUUCGGAUCGUUACAAAUUUCUCUAGUUUAUUCAAGAUAAAACUAAAGUCGAUCAACAAAAUGUGACAAAUUUUCCCUUUUUUUUUUUUAUGUUGUAUAUGGAUGUAAUGUGGGCCAAACUGGCUUUUUUGUGUUUUAUUUCAUUGACUCAUUUGAACUUAGAUGACUGGUGAUUCUAGCCAGACAAAGACGAGAGUGGCUUCUAAUUUGACUAAACCAAAAUAUAUUCCCCAAAAAUGACAAACUGCUCCCUAAAGCAGAAUCUCUAAGUUUCUGAUGAAAUAAACAUCAGCAGAAUGAUUUGAUUGAACUGCGCUGAAUGUUUUUCCACCUCGCUUCAGAUCGGUUAUGACUGCCGCUGAUACCGGACCCUUUGUAUUUGCAAAAAUGUGGAGUAGUUCAAUAGACUGUUGGCAUUUCCUAAGAGCGAAUUAAAAUGAAAACUUAUUCCAUAAUUUGUUUUCCCAACUUACAGUUAGGAAACGGGUGCCGUUUUAAGUUCAAAGCUUGAUUGAUGUCUGGCCUCAAUUUGACUUGCUAAAUUAAAUUUUCUAUGACUGGUUUCUGUUUUAAAGGUAUACAAAAUAUUGCCCCCUAAACGGGAGGACAAGUACAUCCAGUUAGUCUUUUGUUGGGUUAAGAUGUAUAAAAUGAAGGGACAGUGGUAGAUAAAUCAUUUUGGAUAUACCCGCACUUUAGCCUUUUUUCAACUUUAAAAAAACGAAAAGCUGUCGCUCCUCACCGAUCUGGAUUUACUGUUUGAUAUGAAUUAAAGGCAAAGUAGAGGCUGGCAGGAAAUACUCUUGUAACAUUUCCAGUUCCCAUAUGCAAAGUUACAAAACAAAGAUCACCUUCUGUUUCAUUUCACUUGUUGAACACCUUCAUGGUCUCUAUUGCUUUCUCUGUUUAAGCUUCUUUGCUACCACCUACUUUGGUUUCAGUAUUGAUGAAAAGGAAAAUGCUAAAUCUAAUAAACUCAAUGCAAAAUACAGGUACCAGGUUUAAUCUAAGGGUUUGCUCUUUGGUGCUGUUUUUCACAUUUUUCACAGGAAUGUAGUAGAUGGCAGUGAGCUGAGGUUGCAUGUUAUUGUAGCUAAUUCCAACUGGUAGCCUUAUCAGCAUGGGGAUUGAAAUGUAAGCUUUGAAUGUGGUUCUUCCAUCUUUCACUUGCUCUUAACUGAGAAACAUCACUCGAAGGUUUUUAGAUUCUGCAUUUGUUUAGGCUUUAUUCCAUAAGAUUUGGAGACUUUAAAUUGGACAAAAGUCUAAACUCUGAGAGAUCUCAUGUUUUUUUGAUCCCACUGCUGUGAAAUGUAUUUGAUCUUAUUUGAGUUUACAUAAAACAAUUGUUUCA